UUUUCUGAAGAAUUGCUCUCAUAUUCUCUCCACUGCAUUUACUGAAUCUCCCCAAUUCUUCACAUCAUAAUUCACGACAUCUCCAUCAAUUCACCGCUCCACGAUUCAACAAUAAUUUCAAAUCUUACUCAUGAUCUUAUCCUCCCAUUUUCUCGGGACCACCUGAUCGCCGGAAUUCCAUCCACCUCAUCGCCGUCGGCAACCAGUGUUAUUGCUAGUUUGAGAAGAUCAAAAUGCCACAAGAAAGCUACCACAAUUCCAUAUACAGCUCUCCCAACAGGAACGAAAUCAUCAGCGAUCGCGGAUUAGCUUACAGAAAAGCCGAAGAAGCAGCAUCAAGGAGGUACCAGGCAGUGCAAUGGCUGCAGCAGAUGGAUCAGGUGGCGUCGGAGGUGCUCCCAAAACAGCCAACGGAGGAGGAAUUCUGUUUGUCUCUCCGCAACGGACUCAUCCUCUGCAACGUCCUCAACAAAGUCAAUCCCGGUGCCGUUCACAAGGUGGUCGAGAAUCCGGUGCUUGACCUUCAGGCCGCUCAGUCUGCCAUUCAGUAUUUCGAGAACAUGAGGAAUUUUCUUGCUGCUGUUGCCAAAAUGAAGCUCCUCACUUUUGGAGCUUCUGAUCUUGAAAAGGGAGGCUCGUCAGGCAAAGUAGUGGACUGCAUUCUCUGUUUAAAAGGAUAUUACGAAUGGAAGCAAUCCGGGGGUAUUGGUGUGUGGAAAUACGGUGGAACAGUGAGAAUUAUGUCGCUUGUGAAGGAAUCACCUUCCUCGGUAGUCAGCAGCGAGAGUGCGGAUGAAUCAAUAGAUGAUUCUGAAUCUUCACAGUAUGAGCAGUUAAUGGAGCUCCUUCACUUGUCAACUGACUCACAUGAGGAUUCCAGGGCAGCAAAUAUUCUCACUUUCAUCUUCGAUCAUUUCGCUCUUGGUCUUUUGCAGUCGUGCCUGGCUGAAACCAACGGAUUUGAUGAUUCGCUUUCGAGUUCAAUGGUCAUUGAUGUUGUGCUUAGGAAAGUUGUUAAGGAUUUCUCAGCAUUGAUGGUCUCUCAAGGCAAUCAGCUUGGCUUGUUUUUAAAGAAAGUCUUGAGUAGUGAUGGUGGCUCUCUGUCGAAGACCCAAUUGCGGGAAGUUAUAUCAAAGUACCUAAGCAAAAGGACAAGUUUUGUAUCACAAGAUAUUUCUAACUUCUGUAUUUGUGGUGGAAGAAAGGACGCAGCACAGCCUAGGAACACGAAGCCUCAUGUUGUAGAGCUUCUCGAUAUUCAGCAAAAACAGUUAGAGGAACUUAAAGCUCUUUUUAAGGAAACAAAACGAGAAAUGCACGAAGCUCGGUUUGGAUGGGAGAAAGAAAUAGAAAGCUUGGGUCAACAUGUGAAGAAUUUAGAAGUAGCUGCUUCUUCAUAUCAUACAGUUUUGGAAGAAAACCGUGUUCUCUAUAAUCAAGUUCAAGAUCUAAAAGGUUCCAUUAGAGUCUACUGUAGAGUUAGACCAUUCCUCUCGGGAGACUGUAAUGAGCAGUCGACGGUUGAUUAUAUUGGAGACAAUGGAAGUAUAAUGAUUGUGAAUCCUGUUAAGCUGGGUAAAGAUGCAAGAAAAGUGUUUACGUUUAAUAAGGUUUAUGGGACAACCGUGACACAACAGCAUAUAUAUGCAGAUACACAGGCAUUUGUCCGAUCUGUUAUGGAUGGUUUUAAUGUUUGUAUUUUUGCAUACGGUCAGACCGGCUCUGGGAAGACAUAUACCAUGAGUGGCCCUGACUUGACAACAGAGGAAACAUGGGGAGUGAAUUACCGUGCCCUUCGGGACCUGUUUCAAUCUUCGAAGGCCAGAAUGGACCUCGUUGAAUACGAGGUGGGAGUCCAAAUGGUUGAGAUAUACAAUGAACAAGUAAGAGAUUUGUUGGUCUCUGAUGGAAGCAAUAGAAGAUUAGAGAUUCGAAACAAUUCUCAGCUCAACGGUCUAAAUGUUCCCGAUGCAAGUCUUGUUCCCGUCAAAUGUACACAAGAUGUUUUGGAUUUAAUGAGAAUCGGACAAAGAAAUCGUGCUGUGGGUGCCACAGCUUUGAACGUGCGCAGUAGCCGGUCUCAUAGUAUUUUGACAGUUCAUGUUCGAGGAAAAGAACUAGUUUCUGGUUCGAUGCUAAAGGGCUGCCUUCACUUAGUAGAUCUCGCUGGGAGCGAAAGGGUUGAUAAAUCAGAAGCUGUUGGGGAGAGAUUGAAGGAAGCUCAGCAUAUUAACAAAUCUCUUUCUGCUCUCGGAGAUGUCAUCGCUGCUCUUGCAAAAAGCUCCCAUAUCCCUUACCGGAAUAGCAAACUAACUCAAGUCUUACAAGAUUCUCUAGGAGGGCAUGCUAAGACGCUGAUGUUCGUGCAUAUAAACCCGGAGGUUAAUGCUCUAGGGGAGACAAUCAGCACCUUGAAAUUUGCUGAAAGAGUAGCCACAAUAAACCUUGGAGCAGCUCAAUCCAACAAAGAAACUGGUGAAAUUAAAGAAUUCAAGGACGAGAUCUCAAACCUCAAGCUGGUAUUGGAGAGGAAGGAAGCCGAACUAGAGCAGUUGAAAAAUCGCACAAAUGUUAGAGGCGGGGCAUCACCUCUUCGCUUACCUAAAUCAAACAGCAGUGCCUCUUUGAAGGCUGAGACCAGUCAGCAGCAAUUUGAUAGUCACAACACCGAGUUGAGAAGUAGUUCCACCGGUAAACAGAGAAGAUCUCGAUUGCCUUCCAAAUUUACGGACAAGGAUUGUGGCGAAGAUAGACCAGUAGGCUCGAUAAAGCCUAGAUCUCCGUCUCCCCCAAGUAGGAGAUCGAUAUCCACUGAUAGAGCUGCCGUCAUGAAAUCUAGAACAAAGUCCAACGCCCUUGACAACCCUCCGGUCCUAAAAGCUCCAUUUCCCGCAAGUCUUUCAGUUAAUAAAUCCAAUGCCAGUGUGCCUUCAUUCAUACCAGGUAUGAUGAUCACACAAGAACCAAAUCUACCUAAUGCUUUAAACCGACUCCACAGAGUCACACUACAAAGGGUUCCAGAAAAUGAAGACGAACUGUUUAAGCAAGCACUAAGUAUACGCCACGGUGGAAUCAGAAAGACUAAACAAGAGGGUAAGGUCAAGACGACUAGGCAGCAAGCAUCCGCUAAAGUUCACACAUCAAUGCUGCUUUCUGAUGUGGCCGCAGGUAAAAUGCAAGAGACCAUAAAGCCUGAUUCGUCAGAGCCUGAAAACGAGAACGGUCCCUUUGGGCUGACAAGAUGUGCUAGUGUUGCCACUGGAUCGAACAAGCUACACAGGAGCUUGUCGAGGAACUCUCAAAACGUAGAGCCAAGUGAAAUAAGCCGAACAACAGAGCCUUCGUUGGGAGGGCAGCAUUCAUCUGUGCCUCAAUUACGAAGGAGUAAAUCGACUACCCUAGGAAGGUUUAUGAUUUGAUUGUGAAAACUCCUGAGCAUGUAUUCUUUUUUUACUUGAAGUUUUGAUAUGUAUCGAUGUGCAUAUUUAUGGAAGUUGUUGAUUUUGACAGUUUUCUCUUUGUGAGAAAUGAGAUGUAACACAGCUUUGAGAAACAGAAUGCUACCUAUUUUUAGUGCAUACUACAGUUACCAUCA